UCCUAGCAACCACACGUAACGUUCAUUCCAGUGGAUUUUGCAACUGUUUAUUCCUUAAGAGAGAAAAAUGGAGGAAUUAAUCAAAACGGAGUCACAACCACCUUCUACACUGUCUGUGUUCAGCUUUAUACCGCCAAGACGAAACGAACCGAAAGAGAGAAGAUAUUUCAACACGAUUCCAAAGGCUCCAGAGAGACAUCUGUACGAUUGUAUUUAUCGGCGAGCUGAAGGAUAUAAUAUGAAGUUACACCGUGAUGACAGAGAGCACGCCAAUAGACAUGGACUGGACAUUUACACAGAGGAAUGCUGCAGACCCGUACCUGUGCUCACCUCAUCCGGAUACGGCCGACGACCGCCGCUGCCACUGGACAAUCUGAAUCGUCAGUUUGCUCGUGUCGCUCACAUACGCGCAGAGUUUUACAGAAAAAACGGCAUUAGCAAAUCGGUGGAGGAAGGCUAUGGCUCGGUCUUUCCCAUUUGAGAAAAAAAAACCCAAAGAGCAAAUCUUAAUAGCAGAGAUGAAUGUUUUUAUUGUGAUGAUUACUGCAGCUGAUAUAAAUACAAAUAUUGCUCAUCA